GGCGCUCGGAGGGACGGCGGGCGGGCGGGGGUCCUGCCUGGGCGAGUGCAAGCUGGCCGGCCAGGGUCCUUGAGGGGGCCCUGAGAAGUGAGGGUCCCAGCUGCACGAUGGACCAGCCAGAGCCGCCAGCCCCCCCGCCCAAAGAAAACGAGGUGAAACAUGACACCACCACCAACGAAGAGGAUGAAGGAGAGCCGUUCGAUUUCGACAGUGGAGAUGAGAUUCCAGAGGCUGAUCGGCCAGCCGCGGGCGCCCCCGCCGGUGGUGCGGGCGCGGCUGCUGCGUCGGGCUCAGGAGAUGAACUCGGGAGGGGAACCGCCGCGGACGCCCUAGCAGAAGGCGCACCGCCUGAGGUCCCGACAAGGGUGAACCCCUACUCCGUCAUCGACAUCACGCCCUUGCAGGAGGAGCAGCCCCCGCCCGCAGACCCGGAUGCCGAGGGGGAGGGCGCCAGCCUGCCGGUGCCCAGCGGGUACUCGGUGCCGGUGCCCUGUGGCUACGCCGUGCCCUGCAACCUGCCGCUGCUCGUGCCCGCCUACUCCAGCCCCGUCCUGGAGUUCAUGCCUCUGCAGUCCCUGGCGCACCGCCAGGCAGGUUCCACUGCUGGGGAAGGGGUGCUUGUCACUGUCCGCUGCGGCCACGGGGCCAUUUUAUGGACACAGGAAGCAGCAGAAGACAGCCCGUUUAAUUCUCUAAGUUCUGAGGAUCCAGCAAACAGUGACGAGCGAGUGCCGCAGGAGGACAGUGCCCUCGCCCGGUGGGCGGCGGACCCGGCCAACACCGCGUGGAUGGAGAAUCCAGAAGAAGCCAUUUAUGAUGAUGUGCCAAGAGAAAAUUCAGACUCUGAACCAGACGAGAUGAUUUACGAUGACGUGGAGAACGGAGAUGAAGGUGGAAACAGCUCUUUGGAGUACGGAUGGAGCUCCAGCGAAUUCGAGAGCUACGAGGAGCAGAGUGACUCCGAGUGCAAGAACGGGGUCCCCAGGUCCUUCCUGCGCAGCAGUCACAGACAGCAACUCUCCCAUGACCUAGCCCGUUUCAAGGAGCACUAUGAGAAAAAGAUGAGAGCCGUGAUGGCCGGCGCGGUGGCGGCCACAGAGACUCCGCCGCUAAAGCAGAGACAGGAGCCGAAGAUGCAGAAACUCAUGAAGGCUGCAAAGGAGGGCACUAAAGACGGACUGGAGAAGACCAAGGCCGCCGUGAGGAGGGGCCGCUCGCUCAUUAGGACCAAGUCCUUCAUGGCUCCAGACCACAGGUCCUGCGUGGAAGAGGAGCAGAGUUUGUUUAUCGACGUGGACUGCAAGCACCCCGAGGCCGUCCUGACGCCGAUGCCUGAGGGCCUGUCUCAGCAGCAGGUGGUAAGGAGAUACAUUCUGGGUUCGGUUGUGGACAGUGAGAAGAACUACGUGGAUGCGCUGAAGAGGAUUCUGGAGCAAUACGAGAAGCCGCUGUCGGAGAUGGAGCCAAAGGUCCUGAGCGAGAGGAAGCUGAAGAUGGUGUUCUACCGGGUCAAGGAGCUGCUGCAGUGCCACGCCAUGUUCCAGAUCGCGCUGGCCAGCCGCGUGGCCGAGUGGGACUCUGUGGAGACCAUCGGGGACGUCUUCGUGGCUUCGUUUUCCAAGUCCAUGGUGCUGGACGCCUAUAGCGAGUACGUGAAUAACUUCAGCACGGCCGUGGCAAUCCUCAAGAAAACGUGCGCCACAAAGCCCGCUUUCCUUGAAUUUUUAAAGUGCCAGGAGUGCAGCCCCGACCGUGUCACACUCUACAGCCUGAUGAUGAAGCCCAUCCAGCGGUUCCCGCAGUUCAUCCUCCUGCUGCAGGACAUGCUGAAGAAUACGUCCAAAGGACAUCCUGACCGGCUGCCCCUUCAGAUGGCGCUGACGGAGCUGGAGACGUUAGCGGAGAAGCUCAAUGAGAGGAAAAGAGACGCUGACCAGCGUUGUGAAAUCAAGCACGUCGCCAAAGCCAUCAACGAGAGAUACCUGAACAAGCUUCUCAGCAGCGGGAAUCGGUACCUCGUGCGGUCUGACGAUAUGAUCGAAACCGUCUACAACGACAGAGGAGAGAUCGUUAAGACCAAGGAGCGUCGGGUCUUCAUGCUGAGCGAUGUGUUGAUGUGCGCCACGGUCAGUGCACGCACCUCGGACAGCAGCACGAUCACAUCGAGCAGCCAAAGGUACCUGUUAAAGUGGAGUGUUCCCCUCGGCCACGUAGAGGUGAUAGAGUACGGCAAUAAUGAAGGCGCUGGAGAAAACAGGUGUCCCCCGGUGUACCCGCCCGAGAGCCUGGCCGUCGUCGCCAAUGCUAAGCCAAGCCAGGUGUACGUGGGGCCGGGGCAGCUGUACCGGGACUUGCAGAACCUCCUGCACGACCUGAACGUCGUCGGCCAGAUCUCUCAGCUGAUCGGGAACCUCAAGGGACACUAUCAGAACUUGAACCAGUCGGUCGCCCACGACUGGACGUCGGGUUUGCAGAGGCUCAUUCUGAAGAAGGAAGAGGAGAUCAGGGCCGCGGACUGUUGCAGGAUCCAGCUGCAGCUGCCGGGGAGGCAGGACAGGUCCGGGCGGCCCACCUUCUUCACAGCCGUGUUCAAUACGUUCACACCCGCCAUCAAGGAGUCCUGGACCAACAGCCUGCAGAUGGCCAAGCUCGCCCUGGAGGAGGAGAACCACAUGGGCUGGUUCUGCGUGGAGGACGACGGGAACCAGAUCAAGAAGGAGAGACACCCCCUCCUCGUGGGACACAUGGCAGUGACGGUGGCCAAGCAGCAGGAGUUCAAGAUCGAAUGCGCCGCCUACAACCCGGAGCCCUGCGUGAGUAAUGAGGUUCAGCCAGACUCCUCGUCCACGGCGCACGGCUUCCUGUGGAUUGGAAGCUGCACCAGCCAGAUGGGCCAGAUCGCCAUCGUGUCCUUCCAGAGCUCCAGCCCCAAGGUCAUCGAGUGCUUCAACGUGGAGUCCCGGACCCUGUGCAUGGUGUUCAUCCCUGCGGAGCCUGGGGCCACGGCUGGGAGGGCACCGGGCGUGCCCACCAUCUGCCUGGGCACCGAGGAGGGGAGCAUCUCCAUUUACAAGAGCAGCCAGGGCUCCAAGAAAGUGCGUCUGCAGCACUUCUUUGCCCCUGACAAGUCCACGGUCAUGAGCCUUGCCUGCACGCCCCAGCACCUGUAUGCCGGCCUGGUCAACGGGGCCGUGGCCGUCUACGAGAAGGCCGAAGAUGGCUCCUGGAAUCCCGAACCUCAGAAAGUGAUAAAAUUAGGCGUCCUGCCCGUUAGAAGCCUCGUCAUGACGGAGGACACGUUAUGGGCAGCUUCUGGAGGUCAAGUUUUUACGAUCAGCGCAGAGACCCACACGGUAGAGAAUCAGCUGGAGGCGCACCAGGAAGAAGGCAUGGUAGUCUCGCACAUGGUCGUCGCUGGCGUGGGGAUCUGGAUCGCCUUCACCUUGGGCUCCACGCUGCGUCUCUUCCACACGGAGACGCUCAAGCAUCUGCAGGACAUCAACGUAGCCACCCCCGUCCACCACAUGCUGCCAGGGCCCCAGCGCCUCUCGGUGACCAGCCUGCUCGUCUGCCAUGGCCUGCUGAUGGUCGGCACCAGCCUGGGCUUCGUGGUGGCCCUGCCUGUGCCUCGUCUGCAGGGGAUCCCCAAAGUGACCGGAAGAGGCAUGGUCUCCUACCACGCGCACAACGGGCCCGUCAAGUUCCUGGUCAUGGCCACCGCCGCCCUCAGGACAGACAAGGACAAGCCCGCGGACAGCCCGCCGCCCGGCGCAGACCCCCAGGAGGAAGACCAGAAGGAUGUGCUCCCCGGCGAGGGGCCGGGCCCUGGCCUGAGUCAGGGCAGCCCGGACGCCGUCUGGCUGGGGGGCUCGCUGGGCUCCGUGACUCACAGAAGCGAUUUCUCGUCGUCGUCCGGGUCCCUGGCCCCAUCGCAGGGCUCGGGCUCCCUGGAGCCCAGGCCGGAGGAGAGCCUGGUCUACGACCUCCUGCAGCCGCCCAGUGUGUCCUCGAGCCGGGGGCGGCGGGUCAGGAGGGCGAAGGCCAGCUCCGUGCUGGUGGUGUGCGGGGGCCAGGGCCACCGGCGGGUGAGCCGGAGGGCCCGGCAGCAGCGGCCCGAGGAGCUGGCCUCCUCCGUCAUGGUCUGGCAGGUCCCCCUGCUGAACGCGUGAGCCCGCGUCCUUGCAGCCAGGCCGGGCGGCCCGAGGGCUGUGGCCGUGUCCGCACUGGUUGAGGGUAAAUUAAGUCUCUGGGGAAGAAAAGUGCAAUAGCACCACUGUGUUUCCCGGCCAGCUCAUUGCCUCUGUUCCCAGCACGGACGCUGGUGAGGAGGCAGAAGGGUGCACCAGGCGGGGCGGCGGGGCGAGGGGGGGCGGGGCCGUGGCCACGCAGAGACACGACGCUCCGCGCCCACUCGCAGGCCUGCUGCUUAGAGACUCCGCAGAGCAAGAACUUACGGAGAAACGGAGCUUGUUCAGUAGUAGAGACAUUUAUUAACAAUUCUUAGCGUAACCUUCCUUGAUCCAGAGUCUCUCCUUUUAUUUAUAUUGUACGUCUCUAAACUGCAGCACAGAGUUUCUAACAAGAGAGGCCGGCGACGGACCCCAGUCCGGGUGGUGGGAUUUGCCAAGUGGCCACAAUGCGUGUAUUGUAUAUUUUAACAAAGUAGUAUUUUUGUAUUGCCUUUUUUUCUAUUAAAAAUUAACAGUUAUUAUUUUAGACAAUAUGUUAUCUGUAACAUUUCACAAGUCAUUUUCGCUUUGAACCAAAAUGCUCUAUACCUUACCAACACUUAGACGCGCGCGUCAACCCCAAAAGAUCCUUCCCUUCCAUCGGAGAGCAUCGACGCCCACGUUAGAAACGCGCCUUUCCCUGUCGUAGGAAAUGCACACAGAGCGUGUCCUCAGCCCUCUCUGGGUGUUUCCUGCGCCUGUGGACCUGGACCACGGUGUCUGUUUCCAACACGCCUCCUGAGGUGACCUACGGUGCUAGCGAGUGCGGCCUGUGCCUGCCGGGGUGGGGCCCGGGCCGGGGACACUGCGGUCAGCACGCCCGGCACGCUGGCUUGUGUUCUGUGGUCAUGCAGCCGCCGCUCGGUCACACGUGCGGGCGAGCAGGUGUGAGGCGCAGCGUGGGUUUGUGAACCGGUGUUGUGCUUACUGAGUGAUUCACGACGUGAACUCGGGCAUCACCGGAGAUACACUUCUCAGCACUUUACAGAUGACUAAGAAAUGCUAAUUUUUUGACCUAGCCAAAUAUUUUCCAAGGUGCAUAUACACCCGCACGUGAACGUAACCUCUCCCCAAGCUUUCUUAAAUUGUUACCUGCUACCUGAAGUCAUAAAUAAAGUCUUUUUAUUUAAAAAUA